CAAUCAAUUCUUUAGCUGUCAUACUUAUAAUCAUUACAUUUUUCCAUCGUUUUCACAACACAAAAUGAGUAGAGUCGUAUUGAGUGAGUCUGAACACGUGCCAACUCCAGACCAGUUUGUUACUUUCGUUCCAUAUGCCUGUAAUCGACUGUGUGCGCCUUUUAAAGUGCGAAUCAAAAGCCAGAUACAAGAGGAUUAUGUUAGCAGACAUGAUGCUAAAACUGGUGCUAAGAAGUCAAAAGGUGCACUGACACAUGUUGCGCACUCACAACGAGAAGUUCACGUUUCGACAUCCAAAGUGGAGGCUGCCGGUGGUUCCAUGAGCGUGUCUGUGCAGGAAGACGAUGACAAUUGUGAUGUAUACACGCUGUACGCAAUGACGGACGUCGCGCACCACCUCACCGAGCUCUCAGUCGCCCCCUGCCAAGAAAUUCCCCUCUUCCUCAUGAAGGUCCUUUCCUUGUGCAUUCCCUACAACAUAUACUUAAACAAGCUCAUCAUGAAAUGCACUCUCACAAGCCCCGCGUUUUACGAGACAAUUGUGUUGCUGACCACUUCGCAUAUAACCGAAUUAUAUUUGGAUGACUCGCGCCUUUGCGAGCACAACUACGAUAUUCUGCUGGAUUAUCAAACGCACCUGCAGCUGUUGUCUCUAGCACGCUGCAGCCUCACUGACGACGACUGUGCCCUGUUAUUCUCCAAACUUGAAUACCCAAACCCAGCUUCGAAAAAUUUGAACACGUUAAUUCUGUCAAGCAAUUUCAUAUCAAAUAUAGGAGCUGGUCAUAUUGCAAACACUCUGCGAAGCAAUCGAGCCCUUAUGUACCUCAACCUUUCAGGAAAUAGAAUUCGUGACGCAGGCGCUAUGGAAAUAUUCAGAACUCUGAUGGAAUUUCCUAUUACUAGCGAGGAGAUAAUGCAGAAACGUAGAAGAACAAUAUAUCAUUUAAAAUUGCGUAAGGAGGUCUACCAGAAAUGUUACAAACAGUUGAUGUCCACGCCGGUGCUGGACAUGUCGGAAGAUCGUUCUAGCAAACGGCGGAAUACUCAACCGGGGAUAUUGCGAAGAAGACAAAGCAUGAGUAUGGCCGGCACUGACUUCAUGUCUGCGAGCGUAGCUGCUGUGAGAGCAGAAAAGAUGACAGCGGAGCUGGUUGCUGAAAAUAUAGAUCCGUUCAGCGUUGAAUCGACUAUAAUCCGAGAUAAUAUUCUGUAUUCUAAAGGAAAUAUGGUGCUGAGCUACUUAAAUUUAUCAUAUAACUACGUGGGUUACGAAAGCGUGGUGAAGUUAAUAGAGGUGAUGAAGUACCAGGCGUUGGUGGGUACGUACCCAGAAUUGGGUUUAGUGGGGCUGCAGCUGGAUGGCAACGAGUUGCCGAGGUGCAGGGAGGUUGAGGCCCUAUCAGCGUUGCUGGCCCACGCUUUGCAGGUCAGGUUAAUGUACGCGGUGCCACAGACUGGCCGCCGAGUAGAUAAAUCAAAAAAGAAGUAAUGUGUUGCUUCAUCAGCCAUCAUGAAUGAGAGCUUGUUCUUCCUGCUUGUUCUUCUUCACUUUGCACGGUCUUCAGUAUUCUUAGUUGUCAGACUAUCUAUAGAAUAAUGUUUAUCUAGUAGCAUUUAUCAGAAGCUGUAGAUUAUCGGCCUGCAUCACAACACCGGCUUCUUAGUCAACAGAUACAGAAGUAUGCUAUCUUUUUUCCGAAAACCGAACGCAGGCUGUUGUACCAUUUCCAUACUAUUGAAUUUUGUAUGCAGAGGGACAUUACUAAAGAAUGUGCGUUUACUGAUCUUUUAGACAAGUCGAGUUUUUAAGAUCUUCGUAUAUAAUUUAGAUUUAUUUAAAUUAUCUUAAUUUAGUUUUCCCCUUUAAGAUCGUAAUAUUAGAUAUUUCAAUUUAGAUUAGUUUAUAAUUUAAUAGCUUGUAAUUUGAGAUUUAUUAAUAUAAUUUUUUGUAUUGUCUUCUUAUUAAUGUGUCCACUGUU